CUCCUACCCGCACAAAGUGCCCACACUUAAAAGCUAUUUCAUACCCCUGAAGGGUGGAGAUGGCGAUAUUGUUGCGAAUACACAACGCUUAUGGUUUGAGAAUGAGAAAAAACGUCCAAUACAGUUUCAGAAAUAUGUUGGCUAUAAGUCGCUACUCUACGCCAUCCUAACACCCAUUCUAGUGGUCUUAAUCUCUUUAUUAUCCCAAUUAAGUUUUACACGCACCUUGCUUUUGAAAAAUCCGAAAAUUUUCACUUUGGGUCUCAUAUCAUCCGAGGGUCCAACGGAGGCUGCAAUGGAAUCUCACAUCUUCCAAUUGCUUGUCAAAACCAAAGGCUGGACCAAGGAGCAAUCGUUGAGUGAGCAACCCAAACAGCAGUUGUGGACACGGGUAUCGGGUCGCAAUCCUUUCUACGCAAUGACGGGUGUGACGAUGUUGGUGGCGGCACGAAUUAUUUUGCAGGAGACCCAUAAAUUGCCUGGAAGUGGUGGCGUGAUUUCACCGGGUUAUGCCUUCGCCAAAACUAGUCUGAUUGAGGAAUUGCAGACGUACAAAUAUGGCACCAAGUUUGAAGUACUGAAACUAGAACCCUAAUUACAUACUUCAAAAGCAGUAUAACUGCAUAAACAGACAGUAAAUAAAAUCAAAAUAUAUUUCCAAUUUUUGCUUUACAAAAUAAAGAUUAUACAAAUUUUACAACAAUUUA